AGCUUGCGAGGGAGAAGAGCGAGAGAGAGUGCGAGCGAGAAAGAAUAAAAGGAAAGAAGAUUUUCUCUAUGUAUAUAAAGAUGGCCACGUUAGCAAACGGACAGGCUGACAACGCGAGCCUCAGUACCAACGGGCUCGGCAGCAGCCCGGGCAGCGCCGGGCACAUGAACGGAUUAAGCCACAGCCCGGGGAACCCGUCGACCAUUCCCAUGAAGGACCACGAUGCCAUCAAGCUGUUCAUUGGGCAGAUCCCCCGCAACCUGGAUGAGAAGGACCUCAAGCCCCUCUUCGAGGAGUUCGGCAAGAUCUACGAGCUUACGGUUCUGAAGGACAGGUUCACAGGCAUGCACAAAGGCUGCGCUUUCCUCACCUACUGCGAGCGUGAGUCAGCGCUGAAGGCCCAGAGCGCGCUGCACGAGCAGAAGACCCUGCCCGGGAUGAACCGGCCGAUCCAGGUGAAGCCAGCGGACAGCGAGAGCCGAGGAGAAGAUAGAAAACUCUUCGUGGGCAUGCUCAACAAGCAGCAGUCCGAGGACGACGUGCGCCGCCUCUUCGAAGCCUUCGGGAACAUCGAGGAGUGUAUCCUGCGCGGGCCGGAUGGCAACAGCAAGGGGUGCGCCUUUGUGAAGUACUCCUCCCAUGCCGAGGCACAAGCCGCAAUCAACGCUCUGCACGGCAGCCAGACUAUGCCGGGAGCCUCAUCCAGUCUGGUGGUCAAGUUUGCCGACACCGACAAGGAGCGCACGAUGCGGCGAAUGCAGCAGAUGGCCGGCCAGAUGGGCAUGUUCAACCCCAUGGCCAUCCCGUUUGGGGCCUACGGCGCUUACGCACAGGCACUGAUGCAGCAGCAAGCGGCACUAAUGGCGUCAGUCGCACAGGGCGGCUACCUGAACCCCAUGGCUGCCUUCGCCGCCGCCCAGAUGCAGCAGAUGGCGGCCCUCAACAUGAAUGGCCUGGCGGCCGCACCCAUGACCCCAACCUCAGGUGGCAGCACCCCUCCGGGCAUCACUGCACCAGCUGUGCCUAGCAUCCCAUCCCCCAUUGGGGUGAACGGCUUCACCGCUCCCCCACAGGCCAAUGGGCAACCUGCCGCGGAAGCUGUGUUUGCUAAUGGCAUCCACCCCCUACCCAGCCAGAGCCCCACCGCCGCGGACCCCCUGCAGCAGGCCUACGCUGGAGUGCAGCAGUAUGCAGCAGCCGCCUACCCUGCUGCCUAUGGUCAGAUAAGCCAGGCCUUUCCUCAGCCACCUCCAAUGAUCCCCCAGCAACAGAGAGAAGGGCCCGAGGGCUGUAACCUGUUCAUCUACCAUCUGCCCCAGGAGUUUGGGGACGCUGAGCUGAUGCAGAUGUUCCUCCCUUUCGGCUUCGUGAGCUUCGACAACCCGGCCAGCGCGCAGACCGCCAUCCAGGCCAUGAACGGCUUCCAGAUCGGCAUGAAGAGGCUCAAGGUGCAGCUGAAGCGGCCCAAAGACGCCAAUCGCCCAUACUGAGCGCCGGCGGGAGCGUCCCCCGGGGGAGACCAGGACUCGCACAGGGCAGGAUGCUGAACGGGCUACAUUAAAAA